UUUUUUUCUUUUUUUCCUUUGAUUUUGGGUAAAAUAUUUUGUUACAGUAGGGGUAUUGUUUUUUUUUCCAUGUCAUAAUUUUACAAAUUUCACAUCUGCUCAUAAAGAGCACUUAUUAUGACUGUUGUUGUUCUUAAAGUUGUUACACAGAGACAAUUAUGACAGUCUGUAAUGUUGCAAAAAAAUGUGAAAUGCAUUACAUAGACGUUUCGCUAAGUUUUGUAUACAGUUUUACCUAGGCUUUAAAACCGUAUUUUCUUCAAGAUUCUACUCACUCUCAUGUAGUUUCAGAGCGUACAAGUUUUCACCAAGGCGUGUAGCUAUAUUAAACAAUUUUAUUUUAGAGUGUACUGUGCCUUUAAGGAUUCUGUCCUUCGUGCGUUGUAUGAGGCGCGCUUCAUAAUAAAACCAGACUGCCAACAUAUUGUGGGCGUGUCUUCAUUACUACCCAGUUUCCAGAGUUCAGAACUGAAAAGCUCUCAGUGAACAUCUGGAGGAUCAUUGUGAAACUAACCUCGCCAGAAUUUUCUGCGUUAUGGAUGACAAAGACGAAGAUACAGACACUUUUGACCCCAACCUUCCUGAAGAGGGUCCGUCUGCUCCACCUCCAGGUUGGCUGGACAGUGUAACAGGCUACGAGGAACACACUGGUGGAGAUCAAAUCUGUCCUCCUCCGCCAGACUUUGUCCCUACAAGCCUGAAAAUGACAAGAAACGCCUCAGUUCCAAAUGUCAUGGUGCCCCACCGUCUCAGAGGAUGUUUUUCGAGAGACGCUCUACUCCAGUUUGUGGGUAAAAAAUGGACAUACAGCAGCAAACCUGCAAAAAAUCUGAUCUUCAAAGAGCUGACGCCUUUUACAGUUUACCGUUACCGCUUGGAAACGUUCACAGAGUCCAGAUCAAGUGCCUGGGAAUCAGAGCCACACACAGGGUCAGAGUGUGUGGAUGGGCCUCAGAAUGGAGUGAGUCCUCCACCGUGGAAUGUCCAGGUGUCUUAUCCACCCAAAUUCACCAACGCCGUUCAGAAAAUCAGGGUCCCACACUCGUCAUUCAUUAAGGUAUUGCGUUGUCAUUGCAGCCCUUGCCACCACUGUUGUCAUGGUAACGGCAAAUGUGAGGGCUGUACCCACUGCCGAGGACAAGGGUGGACUCGCUGUAUGUUCUGUCAUGGCUCUGGUCACAGUCGCAACCGACGGUGUACAACCUGCCACGGAAGAGGGAGAGAAAAAAGGUGUGUUUCUUGUCAUGGAAAGGGUUACAAAGGCUGUCUUACGUGUAACGGUUACAGAAACCUUGUGCAUUGUCAUACAGCUCACAGUUGA